CCCGCUUCUUUUGUUCUUCUUUUUUUACCUUUUCUGUAAACAAAUAUCAACUUCAUUUAUAUUAUCUUUUUUCGUGUUAUCUGCAUCUUUGGACGUGUGAAAGAGGGUUAUCAAGGGUUGAAGAUUUAGUGAAGAUUGAGUUUAUCAAGUUACGUAUUUUAUAACUCAACUUAAGUUUUUUUUAUUUCUGUGUGUAUCUUUGUGGUUUUAGCUUCAAGUUUGUAUUUUUAUCUCAGAUUCUUGAACUAUUUCCAUCAUGUAUUAAACGACAAAGAAAUUUGACAUGAUCAAAGAUAUUGAUGGAACAAGAGAAACAUUGAAUCUUGUUGUGACAAUCAUAGAUUUAUGGUUUGUUGAAUCAUGGGAUUCGAGAUGACAUAUGGAGAUGAUUCUUACAUAUAAAAAGUUAUUGUUCAUAGAAACAAGAUCUAUACAAGAACCCAUUGCAAGUGUACCUGCCAAGGUGUGGAAGUCCAAAAGUAUAAAGGAUAUCAUUGAUGGGAAGUACUCUGUUGAUUUCUUGAUUGAUGUCAUUGGUGUGGUGGACAAUGUCAACAAGAAACCCCAAACCAAAAAUAUUGUAUUUGACUUGAAGGAUUUUAGAACUAUUUAUCAUGAGGAGGGAAGCCGGUACAAUGGCUCUUUCCAAAUCAGUCAUGUCGAUAGGCUUAUUUAUAAAACUGUUGCUAAAUGUAUCUUUGAGAUUAUCACGAUAGAGGUUGCUCUUAUAAACUUUGAGCAGCAUCAGUUUUACAUUCUACCUCCUGCAUUAGUUUCAACAUCAAGUGCAGUCAAUGUUGCAUAUAAUAUAGAUUGUACAGGUUCUGUACAUACUCGUCCAGGGGAUAGUGAAUCAGCAGGUUCGCAAUUAGAGGAAUGUGGUGAACCAAAUACAGCUGAAGGUCUUAAGUUCUCUCAAGCUGAAGAAACUUGCAACGAAUUUCAAUCCCAAGGCCCUCUAAGAAAUUUCAUUCGGGCAGACCCAAGUUACCUUAAAACUCUUGGCCAGGCUCAUUCUGGAUGGAUUUUUGGUGGAAUAGCUGAGCUUGUUGAUAAUUCCAAGGAUGCCAAAGCAACUAAAAUGGACAUUUUUGUAGAUAUCAUCCAGUUGAAGAAAUCUCGGAAGGAUGUUCCGAUGCUGUGUCUUAUUGAUGAUGGUCAAGGGAUGAACCAUGACGAGGUUAUGAAAAUGGUAUCUUUUGGACAUAAGCAAUCUGAUAAAGUUGACACGGACCACAUUGGCAAAUUUGGUGUUGGAUUCAAAACCGGAGCAAUGAGGCUUGGGAGAGAUGUUCUGGUUCUAACACAAACAACUACUUCUAGAUCUCUAGCUUUUCUUUCACAAUCAUUGAAUGAAGGCAAAGAUAAUAUUGAAAUUCCCAUAGUCAGCUAUUGUCGACAAGGACAACGUAUGGAGGUUGACCUAAGUAUGCAGUCUGAAGCUUUGGCAAAAUACAAUUUGAAAGCUAUUAAGGAUUUUUCACCAUUUAACAAGUAUCUUAUUGGUGAAAAGGCAGCCUUGUUUGGUACCGGUACAGGAACACAAAUAUACAUAUGGAACUUGGAUGAAUGGGGAUCAAAGUAUUGUUUAGAAUGGCAUGAUGGACUGAAAGGUGGGAGUUCUUUUCACCAAGGUGACAUUCUUAUCCNAAGCAAGAGGANUCGUUCUCGUCCNGGCCAGAUUAGUCAAAAGGUACCAUUGGAUUACUCACUUCGAGCUUAUUUAGAAAUUAUAUUUUUAGUUCCUCGAAUGAAGAUAAGUGUACAAAGAUCAUUGGUUAAAAGUCGACCAUUAUCAAAAUUGCUUACUCAAACUGUUAUUGAAACUGGUGACAUCUUGAGAAGGCCAGUUGAAUUAAUUAUUGGAUUUAGUCAAUUAGAGUGGGAGCGGGCAAACUGUGGAAUGUUUUUGUAUUGGCAUGGUCGCUUGAUUGAGGCUUACAAGAGAGUUGGUGGAAUGAUUCAUAGUGCUGAUGUUGGCCGGGGUGUAAUUGGUGUUGUUGAUGUGACCAAUUUAAUGGAUGACGAGGAUGGUCGGGUGUGGGUACAUAAUAACAAGCAGGGAUUCCAAGACUCAGAACAAUAUGCAUGUCUUGAGCAGUGGCUGGGUAGAAAAGCAGAUGAAUAUUGGGACAAAAAUUUUGACGCCCUUGAGUUGAACAUAGAUAAUUGUGUCUUCAAACCUGAUCAUGAGUGGGUUCAAUGUGACAAGUGCAGAAAGUGGAGAAUAUUACCUACAGAUUUUGAUAGCAGAAAUUUGCCUUUACAAUGGUUUUGUUUUAUGGAGCCUUUCAAAGGUCAAUGUUCAGAUUCUGAACAGAAGAUGGCGCCGGGCAUAGUUAAUGUUUCCACAAAGAGGUCGGGUUAUGAUUGCUUGUUGAAGGAUUCCAACGACAAAAAGGUGGAAGGUGUUAGGAAAACCUCUGGCACAGGUGAAAAAUUAAUCAAUUAUGAGGAUGCCAAAUUUCCAGCAAUAAAGCGGUUGAGAAAGGGGCCAUGAAAGCAGUAGGAUUUUGUUCUGGGUGAAUACGAAAACUGUAGGAUGUUAGAACUCCAACUAACCUUAGAUUGGGAUAAGCUCACAACACAAUCUUCGAUCUUCUUUUGUGGGGCGGAGGGUGUCACAGCAUUUGGGAUUAGAAUUCCCUCAGGUUUUGAUGGAAGGACAUAGUCUCCAUUCUGCCCAAGUUCAAGUGUUAAUGUCUAAAAUAUUCAGGAAACAAGGAUGAAGAAUCUUCUCAAGUUUUCUGAAUGGUUUAUGUAAGUAACUGUUAACUAUGUUUUCACGCUAUUUCAGUUUUAAUCCCUAUUUCAAAAGUCUCCAUACUUAAAAAAUUCAUGGAUUUAGUGCUCAAUGUCUAAUUAUUAUUUUUGUUGACGUUGCAAACAAUGUUUCUUGUCAUCAUCCCAUUGUUAUUGGACACGUGUCUGGUUUUUAAUUACACGUGUGAAUUGAAGAAGACAACUUGGAUGCAUUAUGUUUAUGAAGGAAAUUUCAUCUUUAAGGAAUGGAAGAAAAAUUUGAAUUGAAGUGCUUUCUUAAUUUGAAAUCAAGAGUUGCUGAGUUGCUGAGGAAUGUUGGUGGCAUUGAGGAGUUGGUUGUGGUUUAUAACAAUAAGUGAAUUCGUUUGUGUCUAGGUAAGGUUAAUAAAUUAGGGAUUUUUUGAUCUAGGGUUUUACAUUAGUUUGGGUUGGGGUGAACUAUGGUGUUGAGUUUCUAAUUUGUAAGUUAGUGUUGUGUGAUGAAAUCUGAAAGAGAGACAUAUGGGGUUCUACGUGGAGUACUGCCUCCCAAUUUUCACAUACACCUGACUCAUGUUCAUAAUUGGGAUCAAAACUAUGGUUAUGAGAAAGAUUGUUGCUUUUGAAAGUAACUAUGUUGAAGAACAAAUGAAGAAUUUUUGUAUAGAUAUAGAAAUUGGGAACUAUGUCACAAAUUGUGGUAGUUAUAUUCAAGUAUGGUAGUAUUUUUUA